AUGGCUGGUUCCCGCAAGCCCAAUGGACACUCGAUCAGCCGCCCCGCAACGUCGCUGGAUACCCACGAAGAAGAAGAUCUGGCGGCAAGCAUCUUGGGAAAGAGAAAGGGUAGGCGCCAAUCCCUCUUCUCAUUAUAUGAUUUAUACCCCCUCUCUGCAUCUAUCACCUCGUGGAGCGACCAGGAUGCCUCGCGUGCGUGGUCUAGCUCAUGUACGAUGCUUCCUGGUGUGCAAGAAGCGUCUGUACGGACUGACCAAGGCGAGGUGUCCCCAAGCGCUGCGAAGGAGGAGUUAAAAGCAAACCCCGUUUCCCAUGAUAUAUUGGACCCCAGAUUACUGCGCCCCCGGCAGGAUGGACCCAAUAAACCCCUCGUCUCCAGAAUCCCCAAAUCCACCACUCCCGUGAAACCAGGCUCCGAGAGAGCUAUAUGUCCCUCCAAAUCACCCCCCAAGAAAAAACAAACCCCCAUGAUACCCUUUCUACACAAGGAUUCCUCGAUCAAGACCUUUAACUAUUCUACAGGCGCCGAAUGGGAUCAAGAUACCCGUGAAAAAACGAUGGAAGAAUUCUUCAACGCCUUUGUAUCCCGCGUGAGCCAAGCCGGACAAGAAAGUUUUGGAUUGAAAGAGACAGUCGAACUAUACAAGAGCAGAGUGAGCGAGCUUGAGACCUGUCGAAAGGAGCUAACCGACGCCAACCUCUCGUUGCGCGUGGAAAUCGAGACCACGAAGAGCCGACUUGAAGCCACAACGAACGCUUUGAAAGAUGCGAGACGAGACCACGAAAUUGCUCUGGAUGAUUCGGAACGACAGCAGCGUGCGGAGGUCGAGACGAUCCGACAGGAAAGCCGGAGGGAAUUGGAGGCAAUGAAUCGCCAGCACCAGGACGCCAUGCGAGAGCUACAACGCCGCUUCGAGCAGGAACUCGAUGACGAAAAAGCGGUGCGACAACAGGAGAUGAACCAACUCAAUUCUCAGACAGCACUUGACAUGCAACGAUCCCUUCUCGAAACCGAACGCAAAGACCGGGAGAUUUUGACGCUUCAAAAUCAGUUACAAGCGAUUCGGGAAGACCUGGAGCGCGAGCGAAAGACCAACCACAACCUCCGCCAGAAUCUGGACACGGCAAGCACCAACGGUGUUACACUGGAGUCAUCGGUUCGUGCAUUGAAGGCCAGAAUUGAGUUCUUGGAGUCUGGACGUGAAGAGCAAUCCCAGGCAUUCGAGCGCCUGAACCAGCAGAUGAUGGAUGCGCUGACUGAGACCGAAGCAACCAAGGAGAAACUGAGAAAGGAGGAGACCAUGAGAAGGAAGCUGCAUAAUCAAGUGCAGGAGCUUAAAGGCAACAUUCGGGUGUUCUGCCGUGUGCGCCCUUCCUUGCAGUCGGAGAGAGUGGAAGCGGCCCAGAUUCAAUUCCCGGACCAAGCAGAAGAGUGCAAGGAAAUUGCUCUGCUAGGACCCGAAGAGAAGAGUAGUCUGGGUACCAUCACUCGCAAGGCGAAUAACUUCGCCUUUGAUCGUGUUUUUGGACCUUCCACCCAGAACGCAGAGGUGUUUGACGAGAUCAGCCAACUGGUGCAAAGUGCCCUUGAUGGGUACAAUGUCUGCAUCUUCUGUUACGGCCAGACGGGUAGUGGCAAGACUUACACCAUGUCUUCGCUGGACGGCAUGAUCCCUAGGGCAGUGCACCAGAUCUACGAAACCGCGCAGAACCUGGAAGAAAAGGGCUGGAGAUACACGAUGGAAGGUAACUUCGUGGAAGUCUACAAUGAGAAUCUGAACGAUCUGUUGGGCAAGGCGGAAGAGUUGGACAAGAAGAAGCACGAGAUCCGUCAUGACAUGCAGCGAUGUAAGACGAUGAUCACCGACAUCACCACCGUUCGUUUGGACUCGCCCGAGAUGGUCGAGUCGAUCUUGAAACGGGCUGCGGCCAACCGGUCCGUCGCAGCCACCAAAGCCAACGAGAGAUCUUCUCGAUCGCACUCGGUCUUCAUCCUGAAACUGCUUGGAGAGAACAGCAUCACCGGUGAACGCAGCGAGGGAACCCUGAACCUUGUGGAUCUGGCUGGUAGCGAACGGCUAAGUCACAGCGGGGCAACUGGAGAGAGACUGAAGGAAACGCAGAGCAUCAACCGCAGCUUGAGCUGUCUGGGCGAUGUCAUUGCAGCCCUUGGGCAAGGGAAGGAAGGCGGCCAUAUUCCCUAUCGGAACAGCAAGCUUACCUACUUGCUCCAAUUUUCGCUGGGCGGAAACUCCAAGACUCUCAUGUUUGUGAUGGUUAGUCCAUUGCAGGCGCACCUUUCGGAGACGUUGACCAGUCUCAAGUUCGCGACCAAGGUGCACAAUACACAUUUUGGCACAGCCAAGCGCCAGACCCGUGUUCGCGAUGUUUAA